AUGGACGCCCAGCGCGCGUUACUCGAUAGUCUCAUGGGUUUAAACCGCGAUGGCGACCGACCGAAUGAAGCCAUACUAGACUUCCAUCAUCCAAAGGUAUGCAAGUUCUACUUGUGUGGCUUGUGCCCGCGUGAAUUGUUCCAGCACACACGUCUGGAUUCUGGCGCCUGCGAAUUGUUGCAUGUUCCUGCCCUGCGUUCGGCUUUUGAACAGGAAGAGAACGAUGAACGGGAUUUUGAGUACGAACGACAAUUGGUUAAUGAGCUGUCAAAAUUUCUGGUUGACGUUGAAAAGAAGAUCACGCGAGCUCAGAAGCGAUUGGAAGAGGAUGGAGAUGAUAAUCAGGACAGGACGCAGGUCCUACAGUUUACACAGGAUAUACAGGACGCUACGAUCAAAGCCGAGCAAGCAGCACAAGACGGAGAUGUCGACAAAUCGCUACAGCUGAUGGAACAGGUAGAACUGUUCAAGAGAAAGAGGAGAGAAGUGCUGCGUCAGAGCACUGCAAAUUCUAAUGCCAGUAGUGUCACCAUGAUGGUAGACAAUGUGAACCAGAAGUUGCGGGUCUGUGAUGUGUGUGGUGCUUUUCUAAGUAUUUUUGACAGUGAUCGGAGACUAGCUGAUCACUUUGGGGGAAAAGUGCAUAUGGGCUACGUGCAGAUCAGAAAGAAACUGAAGGAGUUGAUGGAGAAGAUAAAAGUGGACAAGAAAGAAGACAAACUGAAAAGACGGCACCCGGUUGAUAGGUCGAGACGAGAGGAAUGUACGCGCAGGCGGAGAGAAAGCGAACCAGAACGUAGUCGCAUUAAUGAUCGAAAACGACGGAGAGACAGAGACCGGUCGAGGAGUCGAGAGCUCCGACGUCAUCGUGAUCGAAGUAACGGUCGUAGUCAUCGCAGGCGACGAUCAAAGAGCUCCAGCCGAAGUCCUGAGCAAAAGCGGAGUCGGCGGUAUCGCCACUAG